CAGUGACUGGUCUUCCUAUAAGUGGUAAACCUAUAACAAAAAAUGCCGGAUAUGCACAAAUGGCUUUAUUUGUAAACAAGCAUUGCAAAGACAGUGAUUGGGAUGCUAAAAUUGCAAAUGGCCGAUGGACAACUUACAAAAAGACAUAUAUUGAUACUUGA